CUUGGGUAUGUUUUAACUUUUUUUUCCUCAACCUUUUUGCAUAAAAUUUAUUGCUGCUCGUAAUAUUUUUGAGAAGUUGAUGUAUUCUGUCAGAAAGAAACUGGAUGUUAUUCUCCUCUUUCAUUAUCAUUGAUACUACGAUUGCUUGCUUGCCGGAUGAAGUACCCCAGAAUUCACCAUCUUUAUUACUCUACUUCAACUUAUCAGUUCAACCAAAGACUUUUGUCUCUCAAAAAUGCUUCUGGAGCCGCGAAGCUCGAUGAUGCCCUCCAACUGUUUGAUGAAAUGCUCCAAAGACAACCUCCACCGAACAUCAUCCAAUUUAAUCAGCUCAUCACUCAUAUUGUAAAGAUGAAGCAAUAUUCCACUGCCCUUUCACUCUACAAACAAAUUAAGUUGAUGGGUAUUCCUACUGAUCUUUACUCAAUCAACAUCUCUCUUAACUGUCUUUGCCGGUUGAAUCAAGUCGCUUACGGUUUUGCCUUACUAGCAACCAUUUUCAAGCAAGGUCAUCCACCCGAUUUGGCCACCUAUGCUACUCUCAUUCAUGGGCUUGUUCUGGCUGAUCGCGUUUAUGAAGCUGUUGAGUUGUUCAAGAAACUGCUUAGAGAUAAACUUUGUGAUCCUGAUCAAGUUAUGUAUGGAACCGUUAUUAAUGGGCUCUGUAAAGUAGGUCACACUAGCAAGGCCCUUGAAUUGCUCACGUUCAUGGAAUCAGGCUCUUGUAAACCUUGUGUACACCAUUACAAUACAGUCAUUGAUAGCCUCUGCAAAGAUAGAAUGGUUGAUGAUGCAUUAGAAUUAUCUACGCAUAUGACUGAAAAGGGUGUCCUUGCAGACGUUAUCACUUACAACUCUUUGAUUCAUGGUCUAUGUAACUUUGGCCGAGAGACAGAAGCUGCAAAAAUGUUGAGAGAUAUGGAGAAGGAAGGAGUAUCUCCCUUAGUGGAUACAUUUAAUAUCUUGGUAAAUGCCUUUUGCAAGCAAGGAUCUGUAAAAGAUGCAGAGCUUGCUGUACAAGCAAUGGCACGGAGAGGACUACAUCCAGAUGUAAUCACUUAUAAUGCACUAAUUGAUGGAUAUUGUUUAUGUGGUGAAAUAGAUGAAGCAGAGAAAGUUAUAGAUCGCAUGAUGGAAAGGGAUAUUGUGCCCGACAUCAUCACAUAUAGCAGGCUCAUAGAUGGAUACUGUAAGAAGAAGAGAAUCCACAAGGCCUGGCGUCUCUUUCAAGAAAUCCAAGACAAGGGUUUGAUUCCUAAUGUUGUUACUUACAGUAGCAUGUUACAAGGUUUGUUUGAAUCUGGGAAUCCUGCAGCUGCUAGAGAACUCUUUAACAAGAUGCAAGUAAAGGGCCAGGUUCCAAAUAUAUGCACCUAUCGUAUCUUGUUUCAUGGAAUGUGCAAAAACUAUCAGUGUUCUGAUGCAUUGGCUCUCUUCCGGUCGUUGGGAAACAAGGAAUCGAUGGAAGAUGUAAGGUUGUAUAAUAUAUUGAUUGAUGGUUGUAGCAAAUGUGGGAACCCUAGCUUGGCUAUGGAUCUGUUUGAUGAACUUUUAUUGAAAGGAUCAAAACCGGAUGUUAGGACAUAUAAUGCGAUGAUGCGUGUAUAUUGCGAAGAAGGGUUAUUGGGUAAAUGUAAAGAAUUGCUUAGAAAGAUGGAGGAGAGUGGUUGUUUGCCUGAUAGCUUCACAUACAAUAUUAUUGUUCGAGGGUUACUGAAGAAAAACGAGUGUGGAGAGGCUGAGAUAUUUCUUGAAGAGAUGAUAAACCGAGGUUUUAUGCCUGAUCAUGCUACUUUUGAAAAUUUACCAGUCCGGAUCCCAAAUGUAGGAAAAGAUUCUCGUUUGCGAACAAUUGUUCUAAAGCUAACAAGUGUAGAAAGAAAAGAUGCCUGAGUACCUAAUCUAACAUCUCGGUUCUGCUGGUCUAAGUUGCACAGAACAUGAUUUUUAAAACUUGGUAUCCUGUAGUUUUAUCAAAAUGAAUGGAGGGAAGUAUGUAGACAUUGUACUAUUAUUCAAAAUCUCAUAUUAUUCUGGAUAA